CCAACUGCAUCGCGUUGAAUGCCAUCAAACAAGCGUCACUUUGUGAAACCCGUUUAAAAUUCAUUAUUAUUUUGACAUGUGUCUUCGGUUUAUUCGGUUUAUUUUAUUAUUCGUAUUCAGUUUUCAACCAAACGGAAAACUACUUUCUCUUUGAUGAGAGCUCGUAUUUUGUUCACGACUUUGGAAUUCAAAAUUGACCGCAAAUUCGAUGCAGGUAGAAAAAGCAUUGUUGGUUCGUUGGUAACGAGUGAAAUAUGAACAACUGUCCGACUGGGAUUGGUACCAAUUGUGCAAAACAAUCAAAUAGAGAUUAGACGCAAUAUAAUUGCCCGUUAAGACGACAACAAACCUCCAAUUAUUGGGCCAUAACACUUUGAUUCUUCUAACAAAUUUACUGUGAUUCAAAUCGAGACCAAUCUUAACAAUGGAAGCAAAGGACGUGUUAUCCCAUUUUAUGGAAAUGUGCCAUAGUCGAAACGAGUUUUUCCGCUACAAUUUGGCAUCGAAUGCUGUACUCGAUUGGUUUGGUCGCACAAUUCAGGGCAACAAGUGCAUUGAACGAUUUCUACAAUGUGAUGUUUGGCCACAGUAUGAGCAGAAUUUUGUCGCUGCCGUUACAUGUGAUUCAAUUGAGACCCGACCAACUCAUGAACAAGCGAAAGAGACACCAAUCGAGAAUGCAAUAUUGUGUACGUCAUCGGAUGUGCCAUCCGCUUCGGGCUAUGAAAGUCCGACGCCUUCAAAACGAAAUUUGGACAAACCACCACCGCUUCAUCGAAACAGAAGAUUCAAGAAACGUAUAAAAGAGUAUCACACGGCGUCUUCAAGUUCGGAUGAUGAAUGCGAAACGCAGCACAAAUCGUACAAUUUGCGUCGAACGAGAUGCGAGGGAAGCCCAAGUCAAAGUAAAAAUGUGAUCAAGCCAGAAUCAGAAACUGUUCAGCCUCAGGAGUAUUCGGGUCGGAUGUUGCGUAAGCGAAUUGUCGAAGAGGCCAAAACAAGUCCCACUCAGGAUGAUCGUAGCUCAUCUCCAAUGAAACGAUCAAAGAAAAUGUUGGACAGCAUUAAUGAUACAUGUGGCGGUGCCUCGUCGAGUUCAAUGGGCUGUACAUCGGCAGGUGAUUUUUCGAAGCCAUACUCAGAACUCAAAUAUUUAGAAUCAAUUGGUUCGAUUCGAACAAUUCGCCGCGCGAAACAUCCGGGUAUCAACAAAGUUCCUUCUGCAAAAGCAAUUACCGCAACACCGUUUGUAUCGCCAGAGUCACAAAAUGGAUGGGACCGAAAGACAAAACUGAAAAUUUCCUAUCGAACGGGGUUGGUAAAAACGGACGUUCAAUAUGCCCUCAUCAUUUACGAGCCGCUAACGAUGAUUACACGACGAAAUCUACUGGACGAAUUCGAAAAAGCAGCCGAAGAGGAACAACACCAAAACAAAUCGUCAUCGAAAGCGCCCUUCUCAUCACCACUCGGACCAAUGCAGAAUCCACGAGAAUCCAUCAAUUUAAAAACCCCGACAAUUCGAACGAAACCAAAAAACGAUAAAGUGUCGUCAUUACGGCGAUUACGGUUUUAGUUAGAUGUAGUUGGUUAAAACCGAAUACAUUACUAGAGAAGAGACGGUGAUCAAUUAUUGUUCAAUGUUUGAAAAGAUUGUUAAAUGACAAAAACAAAAACUCGAAAGAGAAACAUUUUAAAAUGUUUGAAAACACCGUUGUAAAAUAAGAUGUUAUAAUUUUUAGUUUAUGACCUAGUUUCUGUAAGUUAAAAUGUGGUCUUUGAUGUUUCGUAUAAAUUAGAAGUAAUUUUUGCCAUAUUUGUAUUUGUACUAAGAAUUAAACCUAAUUGAAUAAA